GCGUUUUUCGUUUAAAUAGAUUUCAAAAUUUUCCUCUGUACACGUUUAAUUUCAUGUAAUUAGGUGAUUUGUCACAAUCGGUAUAUCAAGUGCUGCAAUUGUCGUUUACCUCGCUAAUGAAAAAAACACUCAAAUCAAUGUCUUAUCUGAUGCAAAUAUUGACUGCUAUUUGGCUCCAAAGAGCCGCUUAAAAGCACUGCGUUUGGAAAAAAACCCGCAAUUAAACAACCCGCGUCGUUAUUCGAUUGAUUUUUUCCAAUUGUUGCACAAUGUACAGAUUAGCGGUUUUGUUGGUAACUUUGGCUUUUGUGGUCUAUGGAAGUUCAGUUUUCGUGAGUUCUAUGGAUCAUUAUAUCGAUGAUUGCUUGAAUCCAGGAAGUAAUCCAGUGGCUCUUUAUGACAAAGAAGUAAGAGAAGAAGCGGAAUGGGCGCAUGUGAAACAGGAAACCAUUAGAAUCCCUGAGAUUGGUUUCAGUGAUGGUGAUAUUACGUGUAUUUCCGUGUUAAACCAGGAAAAUGACGACGUUGGCGGCUACGUAUCAAUUCAAGGCGGCGGCGUUGGAUACCGUUACGUCUUACUCUAUAUGGAGUCCCAAAAGAGUAAAGGAUUUGAUUUCCGAGUUAGUGUCUAUUACACUGCUACUACCACGACUACUAGCACGACUACAACUUCUAGUAAUGUAUAUUACAAUCAAACUGCCACAUAGUUUGCGCAACAAAAAAAUUCCGGACUUUUCUUUAUAUUUUACUUAUUAUAAGAACUACUCUGUGAUGUUCAAGCACUAAUCAUUCAAUAAAUAUUUCUAAAUAAAGAAACGUAUGGAUUGAGAAUAAAA